AUGCUGGCUACUCUGUAUGAGUCAUUUUGGAAGUCUGAGUAUUGGAUUCCCCCGGGGUACACAUGGGCUGAUUUGGAAGAUUCAGAUGGCAUCACAUACCCUCAUCCCAAGGACCUGCUGGCAGCCAUUCCCCUGACAUUUGUCUUAAUUGUCAUCAGAUAUGCCACUGAGAGGAUCAUAGGUCUAAACUUGAGCAAAGCCCUGGGUAUACAUGACCCCCUCAGGAUCAAGGCUACUCCCAAUCCCAUCCUGGAGUCAUUUUUCCGGACCCAGAAUAAGAAUCCCAAAAAGGAUGAGCUGAAUCAGCUAGCCAGCCAGUGUAGCCUCUCUGUGAGGCAAGUCCAGCGCUGGUUUCGACGCCGCAGAAAUCAAGAGAGACCAUUAAUGAGCAAGAAAUUCUCUGAAGCCUGUUGGAAAUUUUUAUUUUACUCCACUUCUUUCUUCGAUGGCUUGCUCAUCUUCUACAAUGAAACCUGGUUUGGUCAGCCAGAGACAGUCUGGAAUGGAUACCCAAAGAAGCCUCUGCAGCCUGCCAUAUACUGGUGGUACCUCUUGGAGCUCAGUUUCUACCUCUCCUUGCUGCUUACUCUGUCUCUCGACGUGAAGAGGAAGGACUUCAAGGAGCAGGUCAUCCACCAUUUUGUUACUAUCACUUUGAUCUUAUUCUCCUAUUCUGCCAACUUUGUUCACAUUGGUGCCCUGGUGCUGCUGCUACAUGAUGUGUCAGAUAUCUUCAUGGAGGCAUGUAAGAUGCUAAUUUACGCACAGUGGAGGCAAGCUCGGGACAUAAUGUUCAUCCUCUUUGCCCUGGUGUUCUUCGUUAGCAGACUCAUUCUCUUCCCAAUCAAAGUCCUCUACACCACUUACUACACUUUCCUGACUAACUACCAGGUCUUCUUUGGAUACUAUUUUGCCAAUGCCCUCCUGAUGGUCCUGCAGGGUCUCAAUGCCUUCUGGUUUUUCCUCAUUCUCCGAAUGUUCUACAAGCUUUUAUCAGAGGGCCAGGUGAAGAAUGAUGUGAGGAGUGACAUAGAAGAAGAGGACAUGAGUGAUGAGCAGUUGGCAAUGAGACAGCAGAGCAAUGGAAGACUCCAGUUCAAUGCCAUCACAGACAUUCGAAUGCGGGGGAGUUCGAGGGACUGGCUGGCUUCCCACUGA